CGGCGACGGCAGUGGCAGGAUGGACUUCCUCCGCCUGCUGUUCGGGCUGAGCGAGGCGCUGGCCUCGGAGGACCUGGCGGCGCUGAAGUUCCUGAGCCUGGAGCACGUGUCGCUGCGGAAGCAGGAGGCGAUCCGGGAGCCCCAGGCCUUCUUCCUGGCGCUGCAGGAGCAGGGCCUGCUGGCCGAGGACGACCUGGCCUUCCUGAAGGAGCUGCUCUUCCGCAUCCACCGCAUCGACCUCCUGAGCGAGCACCUGGGCUCCAGCCGCCAGGAGAUGGAGCUGGAGCUGCAGGUCCCCGGCAGGGCCAAGGUGUCUCCCUUCAGGCACCUGCUUUUCCAGCUGUCAGAAAACAUAUCCAGGGAUGAGCUGAAAUCCUUCAAGUUCCUUUUAAGGAAAGAACUUCCGAAAUGCAAACUGGAUGAUGAGACUACAAUGAUCGAUAUUUUGAUUGAGAUGGAGAAGAAGGGGAUUUUGGGAGAAGAUAACCUGAGUACACUGAAGACUAAUUGUGAGAAACUUGACAAGACCCUGCUCAAGAAAAUUGAGGAGUAUGAAUUAAACUCAACGGAGGAAAUGAUCAUCACAGAAGCGCACAUGGGUCAAACAGGAUUCUCUGAAGUUGAAGACAGACUGUGGGCAUCUCAGAUUGCACAUGAUUCCCCUGGCACCCAGAACAAAUUCUGUCAGCCAGGUGAUGUUUACAAAAUGAACAGCCAGCCCCGUGGAAUAUGCCUGAUCCUGAACAAUCAUAACUUUGAGAGAGCAAGAACAGGGGUACCUAAACUCAGGAUGAUGAAAGAUCGGAAUGGAACAGAUGCAGAUGCAGAGGCUCUGAGAAAAGUUUUUACCAAACUUCACUUUGAGGUAGAAGAGUACAAAGACCUCACUGCAGAAAAAAUCCGUCACACCGUGAAAACCUACCAGAUGAUGGACCACAUGAAUAAGGACUGUUUUGUUUGUUGUAUUCUGUCUCAUGGAGAUAAAGGCAUUAUAUUUGGCACUGAUGGCCAGGAAAUACCUAUCCAGGAACUGACCACCUCUUUCACUGGAUUGAAAUGCAUCUCCCUUGCCGGAAAACCAAAAGUUUUCUUCAUUCAGGCCUGCCAAGGUGACACUUUUCAGAGAGGAAUAACCAUAGAAACAGAUUCUGGAGAGCUGGAUUCAUCUGUAGAAGCAGAUGCAAGGUUUCAGCUGGAGUGCAUUCCAGAUGAGGCAGACUUUCUGCUUGGAAUGGCCACCAUAAAGGAUUACGUUUCCUAUAGAAGCCCAACACAGGGCACCUGGUACAUACAAUCACUGUGCCAGCACCUAGAGAACAGCUGUCCUCGAGGAGAAGAUAUUCUCAGCAUCCUUACUGCUGUAAACCAUGAGGUGAGCAGGAAGUAUGACAGGUUGAACCAAGGGAAGCAGAUGCCACAGCCCAGUUUCACACUCAGAAAAAAACUCAUCUUCCCGAUUGACUGAGCAAGGGGCUGCAGUUCCAUUGACUUGAAAUAUGGUGGAAGGUCUGGGCAGUGUUAUCUUCACGUUAUAACCUUUCACUGCUUUUAGGAUAAGAGAAUAAACACUUUUUAUGACUAUACAGUUCUUCAGAGAGUGGAUCACUGCACUGUCAUAAGAGUGCUUUUUAAAAAUUGUAUAACUCAGAAAUUUUCCAUUUUAAGACCAAAUUUUUAAAUUUCUACUUUGGUUACUAUUAU